AUGAGCUUUUCAUUCGACGAUACCUCGAAGUUAUUGCCUCAACAAAUGGUCUUGGUUCCAUCGUUUCUAGCCUUUGUCUCAGCGUAUCAUUUUCUCACCGGCACUAGAGAACUGACGGCGAAGCAGCGGUCAUGGAUUCUGACCACGCUUGCCAGUGCCAUCGUGACGCUAGCGAGCUUUCCUUUCGUCUGGGACUAUGUGCGGAACGACGGGGAUAUCAGCAGAGUCCGCCAUUCGCCGGGCUUGGCGUACGCCACUACCCGCAUAUUCCAGGGAUACCUCAUUUCUGAUAUAUCUAUGGGUCUCAUCUACUACCGUGAGCAAGUGGGCUUGCUCACUGGAUGGGUACACCACUCUUUGUAUAUUCUGGUCGUGGAGCUCGCGAUCAGACGGUCAUGGGCUCACAUCUUCUGUCUCUGCGGAAUAAUGGAGUUACCGACCUUUGUCCUCUCAAUCGCUUCACUCAACCCUGUAUUCCGGUCCAAUGUAACGUUCGCCUUGUCGUUCUUCGCCACCAGGAUUCUCCUACACCUAGUCUUGAUUGUCUCGUAUCUCCUUCCGGGUAACCGCAUGCGGGCGACGGGUGGCUCCUUUGUGCCUGCCGCCGUACUCGCUCUGGUUUUCCCCAUGCACGCUGUGUGGUUUACGGGCUGCAUUAAAGGUUUCAUCAAGAGACAGCGCGCGAAGAAACAGCCUACGCCCUCCGCUACGGUGAUACAUCUUGAGGUAUCCUCCGAGCGUCAGGCGGUCCCGGUCCCAACGCCCGCCAUUGUUCCGAUCCACGCCUCGGAGCCUCGCGCUGAGAAUACGACGCCCUUGCAGGCGCUCCCUACCCAGCCUGCUCGGCCUACGUUGCCAGCCAAGCUUGUCCGGCGGCUGUCCUUCGAGAAGGCGCUCAGAAAGAUGGAAAUCGACAGGGCAAGGCAGCGGAUACGGGAGGCACGCCGACUGUUAUACGAGGUUCUCCCUCCACGGGAGAGGGUGUACGACUACUUUGGUUUAGGACGGGGCCAGCUCCGAUAUGAUAGGGCGCCUGGUGUCGGGGGCGAAGAGCUGGGGCGGAUGGUCGCUGUGUAUUAA